AUGGAAGCCUCUGACAAUAGCGAAGCAUCAAUUGCGCUGGCAAAUGAGAAAGAGCGAUCCAUGCCAAAUUCUAUUCCAGCAGGCUCCUGCGAUUCGAAGCCAGGUGAUGACACAGAUGAAGAAUGUGAUGGACCGGAUAGGGACUCGAUGACGAUCAAUGUGAAAGAUAACCAAAGUGCUGCGCCUCAGGCGAAAAAAAUGAGGCGUUCUUCCGAUAAAUCGAAGCAGGCUUUAGCGCUAGCUUGCACUGAAGAGAAUGACAUUCUUGCUGCUAUAACCUUGGUAGCUGUGAAAACACCCAAGACAAAGUGGUUGAAGAGAAAAUCCAACGAGACUACAGUGGUGCCAACUCAAGCAAGCCCAAGUAUUCCAACAGAUGAAUCUACGAGUGACAAAGAUACUACCCAGCUUCCCGCCAACGAAGAAAAUGCUGAAAACGAGCCAAAACCCAAAGAAGUGCGGAUUAUCCUCACUGGCAUUGAGCUAACUGCUUCAAUCCGAAAGAAAAUCAAUUUGAUUGCGGGUGCUGUCUACGAAGAUAACAUUGAGCAGGCAACGCAUAUUCUUGCCCCAAAGGGCCAAUUGAAACGAACGGUGAAGCUACUUUGUGGGAUCUCGCGGGGUGCGCACAUCCUGGAUGUACGGUGGCUCGAGGAGUCAGCUCGCGUCGGCGCUCCAAUCUAUGAGCGUGCACACUGUUUGAAGGACGCGAAGGCAGAAACAAAGUGGCAGUUUGAUCUCCGGAAAACAAUGUAUGACUUUACCCCAGAGCAACGACAGCAGCUCUUCGCCGGUCAUCAGGUAUAUAUCACUAAUCACAAGUCGAUGCUUCCACCAGUAAAUGACUUAGUGAAGAUCGUGGAAUGUGCCGGUGGAACAGCAAUAACCAAAGGCAGUGCUGGCCCGGACAACGUCGUGAUCACAAGCGAGGCAGCUCUGGCCACAGCCUCGGUUCGUAAAGCGCUGACUCGGGUCAAUCCGCGGCGAAUCUACUCUACUGAGCUAAUUUUGAGCAGCAUCUUACAGCAGUAUCUUGAUUUUGGCAAGAACCGCUUGGAGCAAACGAGCGCCGGAAGUCGCCGGCGCAAGUAG